GCGGGCCUCCACAGCCCGGCCGGCCCUCCCGCGGGCUGCACUCGGACACCGGGCUCGCCGGGACCAGAGCCGCGAGCCCGCCAGCCGGGGCCAUGGGCUGCGACGGCCGCGUGUCGGGGCUGCUCCGCCGCAACCUGCAGCCCACGCUCACCUACUGGAGUGUCUUCUUCAGCUUCGGCCUGUGCAUCGCCUUCCUGGGGCCCACGCUGCUGGACCUGCGCUGCCAGACGCACAGCUCGCUGCCCCAGAUCUCCUGGGUCUUCUUCUCGCAGCAGCUCUGCCUCCUGCUGGGCAGCGCCCUCGGGGGCGUCUUCAAGAGGACCCUGGCCCAGUCGCUAUGGGCCCUGUUCACCUCCUCUCUGGCCAUCUCCCUGGUGUUUGCCGUCAUCCCCUUCUGCCGUGACGUGAAGGUGCUGGCCUCGGUCAUGGCGCUGGCGGGCUUGGCCAUGGGCUGCAUCGACACCGUAGCCAACAUGCAGCUGGUGAGGAUGUACCAGAAGGACUCAGCCGUCUUCCUCCAGGUGCUCCACUUCUUUGUGGGCUUUGGCGCUCUGCUGAGCCCCCUUAUUGCUGACCCUUUCCUGUCUGAGGCCAACUGCUUGCCUGCCAAUAGCACCGCCAACGCCACCUCCCGAAGCCACCUGUUCCACGUCUCCAGGGUGCUGGGCCAGCACCACGUAGAGGCCAAGCCUUGGUCCAACCAGACGUUCCCAGGGCCGCCCCCAAAGGACGGGGCAGGGACCCGAGUGUCCUAUGCCUUCUGGAUCAUGGCCCUCAUCAAUCUUCCAGUGCCCAUGGCUGUGCUGAUGCUGCUGUCCAAGGAGCGGCUGCUGACCUGCUGCCCCCAGAGAAGGCCCCUGCUUCUGUCUGCUGAUGAGCUUGCCUUGGAGACACAGCCUCCUGAGAAGGAAGACCCCUCGUCACUGCCCCCAAAGUUUCAGUCACACCCAGGGCAUGAGGACCUGUUCAGCUGCUGCCAAAGGAAGAACCUCAGAGGGGCCCCUUAUUCCUUCUUCGCCAUCCACAUCACAGCCGCCCUGGUCCUGUUCAUGACGGACGGGUUGACGGGUGCCUAUUCUGCCUUCGUGUACAGCUAUGCCGUGGAGAAGCCCCUGUCUGUGGGACACAAGGUGGCCGGCUACCUCCCCAGCCUCUUCUGGGGCUUCAUCACACUGGGCCGGCUCCUCUCUAUUCCCAUCUCCUCAAGAAUGAAGCCGGCCACCAUGGUUUUCAUCAACGUGGUCGGCGUGGUGGUGACGUUCCUAGUGCUGCUUAUUUUCUCCUACAACGUCGUCUUCCUGUUCGUGGGGACGGCGAGCCUGGGCCUGUUUCUCAGCAGCACCUUCCCCAGCAUGCUGGCCUACACCGAGGACUCGCUGCAGUACAAAGGCUGUGCAACCACAGUGCUGGUGACGGGGGCAGGAGUUGGUGAGAUGGUGCUGCAGAUGCUGGUUGGUUCGAUAUUCCAGGCUCAGGGCAGCUAUAGUUUCCUGGUCUGUGGCGUGAUCUUUGGUUGCUUGGCUUUUACCUUCUAUAUCUUGCUCCUGUUUUUCCACAGGAUGCAUCCUGGACUCCCAUCAGUUCCUACCCAAGACAGAUCAAUUGGAAUGGAAAACGCUGAGUCCUACCAGAGGUAAAACUGGGUGAAGGAGGCAAGAGAAGACGUUCAGCCUCUUGAUCACCAGCACAACCACGCUGUUUCAGAAAGCUGGGUGGUGGUGCAGGCGCUCUCUCAAUCACUGUUCAAGUCUUCUCCACUAAAACUUGGUUGGGUAAAGGAGAUUAAAUUGAGGCUUGGUACCUGGUCAAAAUCAUGAGAAGUUUACCUGGCUUCUCAAGUUACCUUCUUCCCUGGUUCAGACUGUUGGUAAGAGCUGUCCAGAUACCCAGAUGGGAAGGAAGGAGACAGCCACGCACUUCACUCCGUUUGUCGCCUCACGCAUGGGCCAUACUCUGGGUUUGAGAUCAUUCUUCAUCGAAGUUUGUAAAAAUAGGUUGAAAUUGUAAACCUCCAUGAUCAUUGAUAUAGGGAGAUAUAUUUUAUGCAAAACAAGCUGCAAGUUAUUACCUGGCAUGCUUAAAAGAUUUAUGUGCUUUUCACUUAAUAAUCCAAAGUCCCUUAAAUUCCUGCUGCAGACAUCCGUAGCUUAUCUAUAUUCUCAAACACCAAAAGGAAAAGUUGAAUCUUGCUCUCUUUGGUACACUAAUUUAGUGGUAUGCUGAGCUAGCUCAUACCAGCUUAGAAAAGCUGAUUGUAAAAUUUUCAUUUUGACAGCUAGUUAUUAAAUGCAGCCAUUAUUAAAAAUUAAAUCAUACAAACAUAAUUAAAUAAAUUACAUUUAAAACAAAGGUAAGAAAUAUUGAAAGCUUAUCACUUCCUAAUUUUAUCUUGAUGCUCUUGAGGUAAUUCAUGUCCAUGGUACCUGUGUGGUGGAAUUACUGUAUAUGAUGGUGUGCUGCUGUGCACCUCGUCCCAGCCCCACCCUUGGUGAUAGCAUGUUGGUAGUUUGAAAUCAGCCAAGUGGGAGUAUUACCACGAACACUGGCGAAAGCUACAGAUCCGGGAGAGCCCACUGUCAAACAUUUACCAGCAUACCAUCGCUAGCAAUCAAGGCUAACUGAUCCAGAAAUCGCCCGGGAGAAUGAGAUGGAUGUUCCUUUUUCUCUACUGACACUGACUAGCAUAUAAAAGGUAUAGAAAUAGCACUAAGAAUUUCUGAAAAUACCUAACAAAAAUGUUCCAUCUUUUAUAGAGGGAAAAAAACUCUUUAUACCAUGACAAGGCCUUUUCUUUCACAAAAAGCUGGGCCUACUGAACAAUUCAAACUGUGCAGUAGACUGAAGCAGUAUUUGUCAAGGAGUUAUAGCUCCUGUCCACAGCAAAUCCUGUCGUGAUACAAGGAGAACACAAACUUGCCAGCCGAGACAGGGAUCAGUCCUGAGACUGCUGGCAGUAGCAAAUGGCUGUCACAGUAACUGUCUAAUGGUUUUGCCUGCACUUUCUCUAUGUAUAUACAAAUGUACACGUAUAAAUUAAAAAUUAAGUGAUCAUGGUUCUCGGUAACCUGUCCCACGUGCUGUGGUUCGCACACCUGACACUAAAACGUUCUUCCUGGUCCAGUCAGCCAGCUGUGACCACCACAGCUGACUGCUGGGAAUCUGGCUGGAAAGAGAGAGCUGACUCAAGCACUGGCUCUGCUUCUAGCUGUGUGGCUCUGGGCAGGUUACUGAGGCUCUGCCAACCUCACUUUUUCACAUGUAAAAUGGGAUUUCUAAAAGUACCUACCCUACCUCAAAGGAAUUCUGAAAAAAUUAAGUGAAUUUGUAUAAAGCACUCACAAUAUGCCUGACACAGAAACUGCUUAAUACCUGUUAGUAAUUUUUAAAACCUCCUCAUAAGCAGCUUAGGAAUUAUUCAUACGUUUGGUACAUAUUGAUUGCAAGUUAAGUAGAUCCAACUUUUUUCGAAAGCUGCUGGUCUAGGAGCUUAGUUUUAAUUAUGUUUGUAAAUACUCAAAAGUAUUAGAUGCUAGUCUAAUUUAAACGCAGUCUGAUCGUAGUGACUGACUGACCUGGGCAACGAAAAAGCAGUUGUAUUUUUCAAGAAAACAUCCUUUUUAUACAGAUUUAGAAAGAAGAAUCAAUGGCUAUAUCUAGGUUGAUUGUGACUCAUUUGUUAAUAGAGAAAAAAAGAUGAAAACUAAGAGUACCUUUCCUAAAAUAAAAUAUUUUAAACUUA